AUGCUCGCAAUCCACGACUGGAAAAGGGACUGGGUGACCGAAGGUCAUGCGCAGCGGCAGUAUUUUGCCAGGAAUUCCCUCCAACGCAGCUUUCGCGGGGAUUCACAGCGUCGUGUGACGUCGUCUUCGGCUCCUUCCAGUGUAGCGGUGGUGGAUUGCUGCUGGGCCCGCGGCCAUCGCACGGGCGGCACGCCUUCCACAGUCGUCUCACCCCUUGCCUCUUGUCUUUUCUGCGCCCUUUCGGGGGGAGGUGUGUGCAUUCUUAACACCACCAAUUUCGCCAAGACGUACCUGUUCGAGGGCGACGCACAGCAGCGACAGGGCCGCAAGGAUGACCGGGGCCAGAAGAAGGACGCGCCGCAGCAGCAUGACGGGAGGCGGGAGCGGCUGGUGGCAAUCGACUGCCAACUCGUCGCGCGCCGGACGGUAAAGGAGGAGGCGGUGCCACGGACUGCGGCAAAGGGGGCAACCACCGGUGCGGCGGACGAAUCGGUGGCGCUCGUGUGCGCGGUGGUGGAUGGGUGGCUGUGCACGUUUGCCGUCGACGCCGAUGCCGUC